AUGACCUUCGCAUACGACUACGACUACAUAAUAAUCGGCGCCGGCCUAGCCGGCACCGUCCUCGCCUCAACCCUCCACACCAAACUCCCAACAACCACCAUCCUAAUCCUAGAAGCAGGCGAAGACCGCUACGCCCACCCCUUGACCACCGAGCCCCUCAAAACCCCGCAAACCCACCACUCAGACCUAGACUGGAACCUAACCACCGUUCCGCAGCCCCACCUCUCAAACCGCACCUGCUACCAAGCCGCCGGCAAAGCCGUGGGCGGCUCAACAGCCAUGCAAAACGGGACCUGGACGCGCGGGCCAAAAGUCGACUACGACCGCUGGGCGACGCUGGUCGGUGACGCACGCUGGAGCUGGAAUGCGCUGCAGGCGUAUUUCCCGAAGACCGAGACGCGCAGUGUCGAGGCGGACGGUGGUGGUGGUGGUGGUGGUGGGGCGCGGUCCUCGUUUUCGGCGCCCACGCCGCGCACGGUGGUUACUGCUACGCCGGGACAGUCGCAUUCUGCCCGGGUUUAUGGGCUGCGUGGUGCUGUGCUUGGGGGGUGGGUGGGAGGUGCUGGGGUGGGGAUUGUGGGAGAUGCGGAUGCCGGGUUUCCUGUUGGGGUCUCGGAGAGGGUGGAGAGUUGGGAUCGGGGGAGGAGGCAGAUGGUGCAUAGGGUUUUUGGGCUGGAUGGGGUGCAGGUUCUUACUAAGUCGCGGGUUGCGAGGAUUGUUGUGCAGAGGGGUGAGGAGGGGUCGGGGAUGAUGGUUGCGACUGGGGUGGAGCUUGUGGGGGGAGCGAGGUUCUCGGCGAAGAAGGAGGUUAUUCUUUCUGCGGGGGCUUAUCAUAGUCCGAAGAUACUGAUGUUAUCUGGGAUUGGGCCUGGGGAGAAGUUGAGGAGUGCUGGGGUUCAGCAGAGUGUUGAGUCGCCGUAUGUUGGACGGAACUUUCAUGAUCAUCUUGCGGUGCCGAUUGCGUGGAAGUUGAAGGGAGAGAAGCAGGGGAUGAAUCGGUCUUUAGCGGAGAUGAUGAAGGAUCCUGUGUUGAAGCUUGGGUGGCCGAGUGAUUGGAUUGUUUUUGCUGGGUUGGAGAGAAGUGUUGUGAAGGCUUCUAUCGAGAAGGAUGGUGGUCAUCUUAAUAAUCCCUCGAGUCAGCUUCUUUUGAACCCGAGCUGUGUGUUCACUGAGACGAUGAACUUUUACGUCCCGACUGGAACGGAUAUUGCUGGGAUGGAUACGCCCAUGGAUGGAACUUGUGUCUCCUCGACUAUACUCGCGGUUUCUCCUACGUCCAGAGGCGAAAUCAACAUUUCUUCACCGGAUCCACUCGCUCCUCCGGAUAUCAAUCCAAAUUACUAUGCCACUGAGCUUGACCGCGCGGCUAUUCGCACGGGAAUCCGCAAAGCAUUCGAGGUGUAUCAAGGAUCCGAAUCACUGAAAGAUGUCAUCGAAUGCGAGGUUCCGCCGGCGGGGUACGAGCCCUUGACUGCUACUUCUACCGACGAGGAGAUCGAUGAACGCGUUAGGCGGGUGGGAAUUACAUCCUUCAACCCUGCUGGGAGCUGCUCUAUGGGGAGGGUGGUCGAUGCAGAGUUGAGGGUGCAUGGUGUGAAGGGAUUGAGGAUUGUGGAUGCAAGUGCGAUUCCUCUGCCUCUUGCGGCGCACUUACAGGUUGCUGUGUACGCAUUGGCGGCAAGAGCUGCGGAUUUCAUUGUUGCGAGACAUAGGGCAUAA